AUGCGCUUGCCUAAGCCCGUGCCGCCACCAGUGACUAGCGCUACUGUGACCUCGAAGAUGCCGCGGGUCAACAUGGUGCUUUUUGCGGGUGCCGUCCGGCGCAUGCAGAUAUUGAAGGAUGACCGCCGCCUAAAGCUUUUGGCUGAGCUCCGAAGCGUUGUGACAAUGAUAUCUCAACUUGCACAGCAGCUGGCGUGGAACGGUGUGGCAUCAGCAGCAUUGGCUGCACGUACGGGUGCUGUGUGCUCAACGUUGGACCAGGACGUGCUGCGUGACAUCUCCUUCUUCCGUCAUGAAAAACAGCGGCUAAAGCAAGAGAUGGCUGGCCUUGACGGCCCCGUUAUGUAUAACACCUACUAUUAA